AUGAAGAAGCGUAAGCCGCAAGCAACGUUGGAUCUGGAGGCUAAGUACCGGCACUACGAUAAGAUGGUGAUGCUCGCGGAAGAAGCGGUGCUCACCGGCCGACUUCCCAGCCUCGUAGCCUCGGCAGGUACCGAACGUGUUGUUGCCGAACCUUGCGCCGAGCCUGCGGAAGUCGAGAAUUUCUCAGGCGUAACGGUUGGUGAGGAGACGGGCGGGUUGAACGCUGCUGAAGCGGUUUCUACUGCAACUGAUGGUGGAAAUGGCGAGGAUGCAUCCACAGCAGCAGCUGCGGCCGCAGUCGCUGCCACAGCGGUCGUCGCAGCAGCAGCUGGCGCAGCAGCCGCGGGAGCAGCAACCGCCGUUUCAACCCCUGCCGCUGAAGCCGCUGCUGCGAAGCCCGUUAGUGUCACAUCCGCCAGCCCCGACUCCACGCUCGCCGCUGCCGUCACAGAGAGCCCCGCGGCGGCGACCGUCGGAAGCCCCCCGGCGCGGAGGGCCGUGAGGAGCCUCUCCCCUCCCCCGGGGCCGUCCGCGCGUGCCGUGUCGUUCGGAAAGGACGUGGGCGGUGCCGCGGAGACCAGAACGAACGCUGGCGGGAAGGGGAAGGACGGAAAGGGAUCGCAUUCUACCGCCAUGUCAAAAGUCGCGAGCAUGCCACAAUUCCCCUUCCUGGUCCGCAGUCCCCUUCCUGGUCCGCAGUCUCCUUCCUGGUCCGCAGUCUCCUUCCUGGUCCGCAGUCCCCUUCCUGGUCCGCAGUCUCCUUCCUGGUCCGCAGUCCCCUUCCUGGUCCGCAGUCCCCUUCCUGGUCCGCAGUCUCCUUCCUGGUCCGCAGUCCCCUUCCUGGUCCGCAGUCCCCUUCCUGGUCCGCAGUCUCCUUCCUGGUCCGCAGUCCCCUUCCUGGUCCGCAGUCCCCUUGCUGGUCCGCAGUCCCCUUCCUGGUCCGCAGUCCCCUUCCUAAUUCGCACUCCUUACCUCCUAAACCUCCCCUGCUCAACCGCGCACCUCCCCGUCCUCCCUGCAGCGUCCCUGAAGCCCAUUGAAGAGGCAACAGCCGGGCUCGAAAUCGACCCCAAGCUGCUCACUGUGCUGGAGGAGGCAGCGCAGGACCGGCGCCAGGAGCUCGACUUGCAGGGCCACCACUUCAAAUCCCCGCUCGCGUACCUCCCCGAAUCCGUGGGGCUUUUAGACUGGAUCGUGGAGCUUCGCCUGGCGAACAACGGCCUGGUGGUUCUCCCCCAGGCCAUUGGAAAUCUCUUCUGCCUCUCGGUGCUCGACGCUUCCUGCAACAAACUUGUCGAGGUGCCCGAGUCCAUCGGGCAUCUAGCGAAACUCCGAGUGCUGGAUCUGCACCACAACUACCUGGAGGAGCUCCCCACGUCCAUCGGCCACUGCGAGGCUCUAGAGGAGCUCAGACUUGGGUUCAACUCCCUUACUGGGCUUCCGGAGGCGAUCUGCAAGCUGUCGGAGCUGAAGCUGCUGUCUGCGCCGCUGAACCAGCUGACUUAUGUGCCGCGGCGGAUUGGGAAUCUGGAGAAGCUGACGGAUCUGGACGUGCAUUACAACUCGCUGCAGUCCAUUCCCGAGAGCAUCGGGCGGCUGGAGAGGCUGACGUCGCUCAACAUCAGCGCGAACCACUACCACCUGAAGGAGCUUCCGGAAACUCUUGGGAACCUGAGGAGCCUGGUGAAGCUGGAUAUCAGCGAGAACUACAUUAAGAUUCUGCCUAUCUCGUUUGUGAACCUGACGAGUCUGAAGAAGCUGUCGCUGCAGGGGAACCCAUGGCAGCACCCGCCUAUGGAUGUGGCAAAUUCAGGCCUGCAGGGUGUGAUGGAUUAUCUGAAUCUGCACGAUAUUGUUGAGGAAUCGCAUGGAGGGCCCAAGAAGCUUGGAGGGCUGCUGGGAUUCUUCAGACAGAAGCAGAAGGAAGACCCAAAACUCGCUGCCUGGAAGAAAAAUACUCGCACAUUAUAG